CACGGAUCGGAGUCUGGAUAUCGAAUUUUGCUUGCAGAACUAACUAAAAACUGCUGCCGGAACGGCCCGUGUUGGUUCAGGUCGCCUAUGCUAACGAGCCUAUGUAGAGACUUGAUGCGCCAAGGAUCUCUUAUUCCAGUGCUCCUGCUGUUGCACUUGGGCGUGCACGACUUCAUGCAGUACGAGAAUGUGGAAGUGUCUUACAUCUCUUAUUGCCAACCCCCACCUUUCCUCUUGUCAAUUUUCCAUCGAUACUCCCCUCGUCGUCGGAUGCUGUUGACGGACUUUGCAGUUUUGUCACCGUCAGCGCCGCUGCGGUCGCUGAAGGAGUUAUGUCGCCUCUCCAUUCGCGCGUCCCUCGGUCACUGUAGAAUAGAAGAAAAAACGGAAAGUCUACGAGAACAUUUGCCCGGAUAUCUCCGAGGAUACUUGUUCUUCAAACACGACUUUCAUGUCGAUGCUGCGCUUGCCGAUUGAUCGCCUCGUCGCCGGCUCGGACCUAGUGCACAAAUGCCAAUUUUAGCUCUGUGCACUUAUUAAAGAUUUAUCAACAGCAUAUUUCCCUAUUUUUUGUAUGAGUCGCGCUAAACAUUCCUACUUUUAGUCUAAAAUACAAUGCUAGGAUGGUGCGCGUGAAAUUGUUUUUUUAUUUGGUGCAAUAAAGCGAUUUUAUCGACGUCAAUUAACACCCUCGUGAUUAUACAUGUAGGCUAAGUUUGAGUGUUCAGUUAUGUGCUCUGAUAGCACAUAGCAGCAGCAUGCCUGAACUGAGUUAAAAUGCCAGAAACAGAACAAGGUAAAUCUAAAUAAUGCGUUUUUGUGCAAUUUUGGUGGGGUAUUAACGUAGUAAAAUAUUCUCGGAAAGAAGUCCUAAGCAAGUGCGGUAAGUGUCAUGGGCAACAUGGUUCACCGAUUAUGGGCUUGUUGACAAGUUAUGUUUAAGUUGUGUAUACUUUGAUCGCUGCGCAUCUUUCUCGUUUUAGAACUGAAUUGUGAUU